AAACCCUAACACUAUCUAUCUUCUUUAUUUUUUUUUUCCCAAAAGGCGCAGACAGCAGCAAGAAGUCGCGACAACGUUUCUAAUGGAGAUCUUCGCCCCCCGCACAGGCUCGCAGAUUUGAAUAGCCGUUGGGAAUUUCCACACCACGCACUCACAGUACCUCCUUCCCUCCCUUUUCUCCGCUGCAAAUUACAAUUAUUUUUAAUUCCCAAAUACUUGUUCAAUCCUCGCAAAAAAAAAAAUCUCCUUUUUUCUCUCUCUCUCUCUCUCCCUCUCUCUCUCCGUGAUUUGAAUGCUCCGAAUCAUUGAAGAUAUGAAUUGCAUUUGUGGCCGUGAUUGAAGGGUGGGGCUUUUGUUUCUGUUUAGGUCUUGAUGGAUCAGAAGUCAUUCUGAGUUAAACCAAGUCAUUCUGUCAUAAAGUUUCAUUAAAUGAAUCUCGGAAAUUUAGUGGAUAUGGAUUCUGGACUGGGCCACACAUUGCAUCCUGGACCUAUUGAUGACUCUAUACUUACCCUACAGGAUCACCACAGAUCCACAGAUAUAUGGAACGGUCAAAACUUUGAACCUUUAACUUGCAGGAGAUGUGAUGGACACUUUUGGCGAUUGGGUACCCUCGACCCUCGAGUUCAGCAGAUGAUGCUGAAAGCAGGUUUCUAUGGGGUAUAUAAGGCUGGCCGCAUGCGGUUGGAUCAUGCUCUGAUCACAGCCUUAGUCGAAAGAUGGCGCCCAGAGACACACACUUUCCAUUUGCCAGUUGGAGAGACCACUGUUACACUUCAGGACAUCUCUGUAUUGUGGGGUCUCCCUGUAGAUGGUGAUCCUAUUACAGGUGUCGACACAAAUAGGUCAAUGGAUGAAUGGCAGGAUAUAUGUAAUGAGCUGUUGGGGUUCAGACCGCCGCCCGAAGAUUUCGAUCGAGGCCGUCUUAAGAUCCGAUGCUUACAGGAGAGAUUUAAGACAUUGCCAGAUGGUGCGUCGGAGGAUACUGUGAAGUUCUAUGCCAGAGCGUACAUUCUGCAGCUGCUUGGGGGCCAGUUGCUGUCGGAUAUGUCUAAUAAUAAGGUGAAAUUGAUGUACUUGCCCCUGCUUAGGGACUUUGAAGCAGCUGGUAGGAUGAGCUGGGGUGGUGCUGUCCUUGCUUGUUUGUACCGUGCUUUGUGCCGAGCAACCAAACCUGAGACGUCGGAUAUAUGUGGGCCACUGGUACUUUUGCAGAUUUGGGCAUGGGAGAGAGUGCCGUUCAUCCGACCUGGGAGAUUAUCACCUCGGCAAGAGCUACCUCCUGAUAUAGUUUCUGGAGAUCACUUUUUACCUUCAGCACCCUAUGGUUCCAGGUGGAAUGUUGGUUUCAAGCUGGAGACUGUCGGAACGCAUGUCCUAGUCUUGUACAGAGACCAGCUCGACAAUAUGAAGGAUGACCAGUUUGUAUGGGAGCCAUAUCCUGACGAGGUCUUGGCGAGCCUCCCAGAGUAUUGCCUGUCAGGAGGGAGGAUUUGGCAGACAGUGGCUCCUCUCAUCUGCUUUGAUGUGGUGGAGUUCCACCACCCUGACCGUGUUCUGCGUCAAUUUGGCCAGCAUCAAACUAUACCUGCAAUUUGUGACACUAUUCCGGAUAUCCAUUUGACCGAUCGUCGUGGAAGGCAAAAUUACGAUUGGGCCCACCAUCACAGGCAAUUUGUUGACAUGUGGGCUGAGCGCUGUGCCCGCGUCAUAUCUGGACCACCCAUUGAUGGUCCAAUGGACCAGAGUGAACCGUACAUGGUAUGGUACAGACGAAUUACUCGCCUGUUGAUUGGUAAUCCUGCUACUCGUCCGAAUACUGGAUACCAGGGAGUUGGAGGUGCAAUGGAGGCUAUGGCUCAGAGCUUACAAAAAAUAUACCACCGUGCCAGUGAUGCUUUGCAUGAGGGCUAUGAUGUUUCUGGUGAGGAUGCUCUUAGAGAGAUCCAGGAAAUAUGUGGAUAUUCUUUGCGGGCCGCUCAUGAGGACCACCGUCUUACCGUGCACCCUGAUUUCGGAACACCAUCUCCUUCACCAGCAUCUCCGUUUGUUCCUCCUAAGGGACAGAGAGGUAGGCCGAGGAAGAGAGGCGGGCUUAGUUGUGGACGGGCAUCAACUGAUAGCCGAAGAAGAGGUUCGUACAUGCCAGCAACGAUGUCCAACUUGUCGGAAGUGUCUCAUUCUUUUAAGUUGUCAGAAAUGCCAGAUACACCUCAGACAUGGGAUUCUUCUAUGAGUGCAGCCGAGUUCAACGAGGACGCUUCAGAUCCUAACGCAAUGCAAUUGGAUCCCGAAUCUACAGAAAAUACGAACCCGAUAGUGCAGGCCCUUGGUAAGAUUCGAGAUAUUUGUGCGUUUACUUUGAGAAUGAGUAACGGAAACCAAUCCAUACCUUCAACACUCGAUACAAUGCCAGAUGGCCCUAAAAUGAAGCACUGUAAGCCGAGGAGGAGAGGUGGAAUGAGUGGAUACUUGCUCGGUGCGAAUUCAGCAGACAGUUCGUAUUUCAUGUGUACCUCUGGAGCAACAUCUGCUUUGCAGCAAAACCAUACUCCUCUACAGGAUAUCGAGCCUUUGACUACACCACUCUCUAGAGACUCGCCUUUGCAAGAUUUGCAGGACAAUCUACAGUUGGAAAUGAUAGAGUUGGACACCAUAACUGGAAGCAGAGAAGCUUCACCAUGUCCUCAAAACCCGUCCAUGCUAGAGAUGCCAUGUGGCGACCCCCCACCGGCCAAUCAGGAUUUAGCUCUGCCGCCAGAGGAUAAUGCACCGAUACAAACAGAGUCUGCAGAUACCGCCGGACAAAUGAACGGUCAAGAAGAGAAUGGAGGUACCGAAAUCUCGCCGCCUGUACCCGAACAACCUGCACCUCAACCGGAAUAUGUGGACCCCACAAUGUUUAACGGGACUAGUGUCGACCAAGACCGUGCUGAGGUGGCGAUGGAUGUUAAACCAGCGACGGACUCCAUUUAUGAACCUUCUGAGACUUUAACAGAGUCGGGCUCAGCUAGCCCUCGGACGAAAGACUCGAUAAAUCCUGACCCUUCGUCGGGUGAUCCGGUUUCAGAUGAAACGAUGAAGGUUGAUGAGUCGUGCGAUGACGUUGAUGAAGGUGUUGGAGGGAAGAGGAAAGGGGAGGAGGCCAUGGAUAAAGAAAGUUCCGAUCAAGAAACUGUUCACGAGUAUGUCAAAUCACCGGCCACGUCAUUAACAGAUGGAGAAUCAGUGGCUAAUAAGACUGAUCUUGUAUCGGGCAAAGACGAUGUUCAGAGGAAGUACAAGAGGCUAAGGCGUUCUGUACCGAAACAGAGGUAGUUUGUAUUUUGUCCCUUGGUUUGCAUAUAUUUAUUCUCCUUUAACUUGUGGUAGGAUGGAGUGUGGUGAAAUAAUUACUGUGUAUUUUGUGUUAGACUUAUGUUUUAUUGGAUUUUACAUUGCUGAAGUUUUUUAGGUAGUAGUUAAUCUUCAGUGUUAGUUUCCUAGAAUUUUGCAUCGAUAAUUAGCUUAUUAUAUGCUACACCCGGUGAAGGUUACAACUUACACCGGAUGGCUUUUUACUGUUGCUCCACAUACCAAUGUGGGUGUGUGUGUUUGUGUGGUUGGUAAGAAAUCGAGCUUGUAGCAUGGAGAUUU